AGAAUGCGAGAAAUGCUUUCAGUUGCGAUGGGAGUCGAUACCGGCCAGUAACCUCCGUGUUCACAGCCCUUCGACAGAUCCAUUGCGGUCAAGGAGAUUCGACUACUCGCUGAUGAGUACUAGUGCUCACUAACAUUGUAGUUGUCGGCGUCGUAGUGGCGCCGUGGGAACAAUUUUAGACUUACUCAUCUCCAUUACGAGAACAAAUAGUGUGGGGCAGCCUCCGUUCACUACGUCCACUCCCUUCGAAAAUCCUACACAAUGUCGGCGCCAGCAGUAUCCAAGUUUCAAGCAUUCAUGAACCAUCCAGCGGGUCCGAAGACAGUUUUCUUCUGGGCUCCAAUGAUGAAGUGGGGUCUUGUUGCUGCAGGUCUCAAGGACCUGUCGAGACCAGUGGAGAAAUUGAGCGUCUCUCAAAAUCUCGCGCUGACUGCAACCGGGUUCAUCUGGGUGCGGUAUGCCUUUGUAAUAACGCCUGUUAAUUACAGUCUUGCUGGAGUCAACUUUUUCGUUGGAUUGAGUGGCUUAACACAGCUGGGAAGGAUUGCCAACAACAAGUGGCUUUCAUGAGCACUCGCGGAUAUAAUACAUA